UGGCCGCGCCUGGCGCCCUCGGCGCGCGACUGGCGGCGCCUGGCGGCUUCCGGUGUCGCGUUGGCGGCGGCGGCCCCGCGCCUGCGCAGCGGCGGCGGCCCCGGGGAGUGCGCGGGGUGGGGGGGCCCCGCCGCCGCCGCUGCCGCCGCCAUGACCAACGUGUACUCGCUGGACGGGCUGCUGGUGUUCGGGCUGCUGCUGGUCUGCACCUGCGCCUACCUGCGGAAGGUGCCGCGGCUGCGCGCCUGGCUGCUCUGCGAGAAACGCGGCGUCUGGGGGCUCUUCUACAAGGCUGCUGUCAUCGGCACCCGCCUGCACGUGGCAGUGGCCGUGUCCUGCGUCCUUAUGGCUUUCUACGUCCUGGUGGUGAAGUGACUCCGCGGGGACCCGGCGCCGAGACCAGAGACCCCGGUCGAACCCUGCCACCCCGCCGUGGCCUGGUCCCCCGCGUCACCCCCCCUGCGUCCCCAGGCCGUGGGUGCCACCCAGCCGCUGGUGAGCUGUGGGGAGGGGAGCUCCGGGGGUCACCCGUGUCCCCCCUCCCGCGGCGAGAGGGACGAGCCGGCCAUGCCCCGUGAGCGCCGGACACUGUGCCCCACCAUGGGGCUGACGGGGAUGGGCAGGGCCCCUCCUCAGCAGCGGGAUGUCCCCCCCUCAGCGGGGGUCUGACCCCCUGGAGCUGGGGGGUCUGUCACCCCCCGGGUGUAACUGUUGGACCACGAUGUGUAAAUAAAGUGGGGUUUCCCCUG